UAAUAAGUGGCAAAACUAAAAACUAACCAGAAAGGCUAUCUCCCCAACAGUAUCUCAUUUCCAAUGAGUACCAUAAUCUUCAACUUAAGACCAUGUCUUCCUUCCCACAAACCCACCUUCACAACAUCAACAUUAUCAUCUUCACCAACAACAACACUCAGAGUUCGUGCCACCUUUCAAGAUUCUAAGCCACCCAACACAACCCAACAACAACAGCUCAACCUCUCCGUUCUUCGCUUCACCUUAGGGAUACCUGGCUUGGAUGAAUCCUAUUUGCCCAGAUGGAUUGGUUAUGGCUUUGGUUCCCUUCUCUUCUUGAAUCACUUCCUUGGCACAGAUUCAGCUACUAUGACACCUGCCCAGCUUACUACAGAGGUUUUGGGUUUGUCUUUGGCUUCCUUCUCUGUCGCUCUACCUUACCUUGGUAAAUUCCUCAAGGGUGCUCAACCAGUGGAUCAAGCAACUCUACCUGAUGGUACACAGCAAAUAUUUGUCAUGUCACAAGAUAUAGCUGAUGGUCUGAAGGAGGAUCUAGCUUGGGCAUCAUACGUUCUGCUGCGUAAUUCAAAUGCCAUUGCUGCGCUAAUUUUUGUUCAAAGAGACAUGUGUGCAAGGGGCUAUUGGAACAUACCUGAUGGUUCAUCUAAAGAAAUUCUUCUUGAUUGGUUUGCGAAAAAAAUUGAAAAGGCUGAUCUGGUUGAUUUGCAUUUUUCACCUGAACGUUUGACUGAUGUCUCAGAUUCUGAAUUUCCGGAACUAGUGUCUAAAGGGACUAGCUCUCUCCUGGUGCAACCAGUGCUAGUUAAUAAUCAGACUGCAGCUAACUCGCGAAAACCAGUGGGGUUUAUUCUGCUGGCCUCAGCUGCGAGGUAUGCAUUUAGUACUAAAGAUAGAGCCUGGAUUGCAGCUGUGGCCAACAAACUCAGUGGUAAGUGGCAUGUGUAUGGUGUUCUAGUGAAUUUCCACAUCAUUUUUACGAGUCUAACCGGAGGAUUUAUUGUUGGAAUUGGUAUUUGGUUAAUUUGGGUUUUCUUUUGUUGAUAUUUCAAUGAUAUACUUUGACAAUGUUGGCCACUAUGGAAGGUAAUUCAAGGCUCCAUUUCCCUUCCCUUUCAUGUAUUUAUUUACAGGCUGGUGUAGAGCAUCCGAUGAGUUUAAACCACAGUAAAGUUCUCAACAUGUGAACUGAAAGAGGUACAAUAUUUUCUAUAAAGAUGAUAAAGUUGCAGUGAAUUUUGAAGCAGGAGGAUGCAAGAAACUAAAAGCUGCCACUUAACACGGUUGCUUAUCUUAGGUGCGAAGUUUUUCAAUUUACUAGGGGUGAGCAUUGCUUUGGCACUGCAUUUCCAUUAUCCGCAAUAUCAUAUGCAUGAGUAAAUUACUAAAUUUGCAGCCAGUUGAUCUAAUUCAGAAUAUACAGUUACACAGCUUCCUAUGCAGAAUCAAACUUUUUGCCAUGAGGGAAGUGGUGGAAGGACCAAGCUCUGCAAAUAAACACUCCUUAUAUUCCCUUUUAUCUUUUCUUGUGAAAAUUUAAGAAUAUUCUUUGAUUAAUGUAUUUGAAUAUAAUUUAGUAUGUCGAUAGAUUGAUCUGAGAACAACUAAAUUUUUAGAGUGAUAGAUAAAGGGAAAGGAAGGGAGUAGCAUGUUUUGGAAUUGAUCACAUGCCUUGAACAAAUGUAUGCAUGUGGUUGUCCUAGGAAGCAUCAUUAAUAGUAAAACAUGUUAAUAGGUAUUUGUAUCUUUCUGCUAUCUGCUAAUCUCUUCUAGUUGGCCUCAUAUGUUGCAUGAUAUGCCACCAGCUAUUUGUAUGUGCGAAUUUGUUCAAAUAAAGUUUUAUUAUAA